UUAACCGAAUUUAUGAAGGGAAAAUUUGUACCUCUGGCAACAUUUACACAGAGAAGAAGGAAAACUAUAGUCAUUUCGAAGAUGAAGACGAAGUUUUGAGGGGGUAAAGAGCUAAAUCGAGCUAAAAAAGCUUCAUUAUCAAACCCCCUUCAUCUUUCCAUACUAACUCCUGACCAAGCCUCUGAGGUAUCCCAGGAGGAGACCAAGGGCUUUCAUUUUACUAUGGGUCCUAGUCUCCUAGAGAAAAAGAGAAUGAAAAUGGAAGCCAAAGGCAAAAGAAGACCCAAAUUAAAACUUAAAACUCGGAUUAAAUAAAUUCCCUCUGGUGCAGAAGCAGAACCGUGAACUCAGCACAGUAUCUGAGAAGAACCUUGAUUUAAAAUAUUCUAACAUUAAAUAAAAGGAAUCGAAAUGCAACUCAAAGGAUCAAGACCCGGUGUCCAAAAAGCUUAACUUUUAAGUUGAAACUACAAAAAACCAAGACUAAACGCUUCAAACAAACUAAGAAGGCAGCCAUUCUAAGAAAGAGGCCCAUACAGUUAGAUCACUCAAGGCCUGAGAGCUCAACUGAUUCAAGGAAAGAAAAAUUCCACUUAGGUCGAGAUGGCCAGAAUCAAUUCAAAGCUAACAAGGCACUCUUUACUAUCACAGCAAGAUCCAGACACCACGAAAAGGGAAGAAGGCUAGGCAGAAGUCUGAGGAAUUCCAUUUCAAUUUAUGACUCUAGUUGAGAGCUCCAGAAGGAGUUUGAUACCAUAAAAACAGGCUUCCGAACAGAAAGAGGGUCUCUUCGAAAGUCUUGGCAACUACAGCGUAAUGAGUAACUUCCUGUCUCCAUCAUAUAGGCUGAAACAGAUACUCAGGACAGAUAUCUCCAGUAAGAAAAGGCUGUGUAUAAACUUUGCUAAAACGCUGACUUCUAAGUACUGUGACACAGGUGGGAAGUUCCUUAAUGCCUCAAGUGAUAUGUUCGAUAAGAUUAUGAAGGAGGCUGAGAAAAUAGAUUGUAUUGAUAUCUAGCCAAUUUCAACUUU